CGUCAGGUACCUGAGAGGUCACGGAGGGCGUGGAGCUGGAUGUAUGAGACAGCUUCAUGGGCGUGAAGGACCAUCUGGAGGAUGGGACAAGCCACAUCCUCAGCCUGGGGCUGGAUCUGGACUACCUCCAUGUGGAAGGUGCUGAGCGGCAGGCAGGCUCAAGCAUUGUGACGGGUCCUGGUAACAUAGGGGUCUUACAGGUCAGACCUGAUGCCCCGGCUAACAGCAGUAUUGGUAGCACUAGUUUUAGCACCCAUUCAAGCUACAGCAGCAGCAGUAGUUGCUGUAACUUAUCUGAGGAGAGCGCUGUCUCAGAUAGUGACGAUGAGCGACACCACCAUGGGUCUGGUUCUAAAUCUCGAAGCCGUUUACAAGAUCAGUCACUUAACUUCCACCCCAAAGAGUCCCCCUCGGUCUGUCAGAUGGUCAGGCUGGACCUGGCACCAAAUCCGUCCUGUGAAGAACCUGCACAGCCUGAAACAUCAUGUCCCACUGACCCGACGACAGAGUACCGCAACAAGGUGGACUUUGCUCUCAAGCUUGGCUACCCUGAGGAGUUGGUGCUACUGGUGCUGAGGAAACUUGGACCACACGCACUCAUCAAUGAUAUCCUGGGUGAGCUGGUCAAACUGGGAACCAAGACAGAGACGGAACAACAAGGAGGAUCAGUUGUCUCCCAGUUUUCUUCCCCUUUGGCCUGCUCCUCCUCGUCUUCCAACUCCUCUCUGGACUCCUGUAGACAGCUGUGUCAGUCCCAUCUGCUGGAUGACAAAGACAACUUCCGCCCUGUCGUGGUGGAUGGGAGCAACGUCGCCAUGAGUCAUGGAAAUAAGGAAGUCUUUUCCUGUCAAGGCAUCCAGCUGGCUGUUGAUUGGUUCUUGGAGCGAGGUCACCGUGACAUCACUGUUUUUGUCCCUGCGUGGAGGAAAGAGCAGUCCCGACCUGAUGCUCUCAUCACAGAUCAAGAGAUCCUACGGCGACUAGAGAAAGACAAGAUCCUGGUGUUCACUCCAUCGCGCCGUGUGCAGGGUCGCAGAGUGGUUUGCUACGAUGAUCGCUUUAUCGUCAAACUGGCCUACGAGUCGGACGGCAUCAUUGUUUCAAAUGACAACUACCGUGACCUCGCCAAUGAGAAACCAGAGUGGAAGAAAUUCAUUGAUGAGCGUCUGCUGAUGUACUCCUUUGUAAACGACAAAUUUAUGCCACCAGAUGAUCCACUCGGGCGCCACGGACCAAGUCUGGAGAACUUCCUAAGAAAGAGGCCUGUCAUUCCUGAGCACAGAAAGCAGCCAUGUCCUUAUGGAAAGAAAUGCACGUAUGGCCACAAGUGCAAGUUUUACCACCCUGAGAGGGGCAGCCAGCCCCAGCGUUCUGUGGCUGAUGAGCUCCGUGCUAGUGCCAAAAUUUCAUCAGUAGUUUCCAGAGGCCUGCUGGAAGAUCCCUUGGUGGUGAAGAUCCAAAGUUGUGGUCACCAAGAAAGAAGGGCAGAGCCUGAACCAAGUCAGGACACUCCAAAGAAACAGCCCAACUCCAGUCCAUGGUUCUCCUUCAAUGACCUCCUGGAGGACAGGCUCAGGGUCCAGUCUAAAGUGGACAGGCGGCGAGGGAGCAGCAGCAGCAGCAGUAGCUGCAGUAGCAGCUUUCUAGGGCAUGCUGCUCCAGGAGGACCCCCUUCAUCAGGAGGCCAGGACCAAUGGGAACACCCCGGGGGUAGUGGAGGUAGCUCCAGGAUGGCUGGGGCCUCAGGAUUCGGCUCAGGACCAAAUUUGGCUGAAACUUACCACAGAUGUGAGUCUCCAGACCUAGGCUACAGCUCAUUGGUGAAGUCAUACUCUAGCCUCAGUCUAGUGGUGCCACCAAGUCCUGAAUGCUUCUUCCCAGCAGAUCUGAGAACUUCGUCACUGGCGUCAGAUUGUAGCAGUGAAGGCAGUGUCAGUUCAGACUCAUUCUCCCCUGACCCCUUGCUAGAUGAAUGCUCCAAGUGUCACCAUCCUCACCACCAUUACCACUGCCCCAGCCAGUAUGCUCACCCUGUAAGCCGUGUUCCUCCUGGAUUUGGCCGGCAUGUCUCUCAUGGCUUUGAAGUUCCUCAACAACUGCAGAGACAACAUGGUUUUGGCUUGGAGGGCCCGCCAGUUUCUGUUCCCUCUCAUGCUUCUCCACGUGUCUUCAAAGCUCCUCCUGCCUACAUUCCAACCUUACCUCCACAUCCACUGCUGAGCAGUUUCCCAGGGGAAUAUCCAGUCCGUCCAAGCCAAACAUCCACUGCUCACUCCUACUCUCAGAGCUCCCCACUCAGGCACAAUGUAAUGGGCUCUCUCUGGCAGGAAGGUGGGCUCCAGGAUUCCCAAGUCUACAAGGGAUCACCAGUCCAUUCCAGAAGAAACCAUCCAGAACUAAACCAACAACCACAACAUCAGUUAAACUGGAGUGGCCUUGACCAGCGUUCCCCUAAGCCUAGCCAUGACCUUUUUACCUUCCAGAGCCUUCCCAAAGCUCAAGAGAAGGCAUGGCCCCCUCCUUGGGGAAGGCAAGUUCAUCCAUCACCCCAUGGCCUUUCAGCAUCAAGUCUUCCACCAUUCCCACAGUUGUCUUCACCAUCCAUCACUUCCCACAAAAGCCCCCUGCACUCAGCGCCCCAGCAACAGGGGCCCCCUGACUUGGGUCGAUACCAGGACCUAAGGGAGAGGGUGUUUUUAAACUUGAGUCGUAUCUUCCCUCCAGAUUUGGUGAGGUUAGUGAUGACCAGACACCCUCAUGUUAUGGAUGCUCAGGAGCUUGCAGCUGCAAUUUUGAUAGAGAAAUCCCAGCAUGGAUCUUGAAUGAAGCCAAAAGAUGAAGUUACAGCUUCGUCUGUAUUGGACUCACUUCUGCAGGGUUUUUCCUCGCAAUGGUCUUGAUUAUUGAAGUGAGGUUUGCCGUACACAAACCAAAAGCCUUGAACUGUUAAUGGAAUGCUUAGUUUCAUUGCAGGUAAGGCGACCCAUUCAUUUUUAAAAUGUAUUUUUUUAAGGGAAAUUGCCAUAUUUACUAUGCUGGUUAUUUCAGCACUUACGAUCAAGGAUGGGUAACGCUCAAGGAGGCUUUUGAUGUGUUUGUGAGAGUGAAAGUGUUGUUCAUUUAUAAUUAAAUUAUUUUUUAUAUUUUUAAGUUAUGAACAUGUAUUUUAAAUUAUUGUU